AUGGAAGAAAAGAGACGAAAAUACUCCAUCAGCAGCGACAACUCUGACACCACUGACAGCCACACUACAUCUACAUCAAGAUGCUCCAAACUGCCCAGCAGCACCAAGUCGGGCUGGCCCCGGCAGAACGAAAAGAAGCCCUCAGAGGUUUUUCGGACAGACUUGAUCACAGCCAUGAAGAUCCCGGACUCAUACCAACUCAGCCCGGAUGACUACUAUAUCCUAGCAGACCCAUGGCGACAGGAAUGGGAGAAAGGUGUGCAGGUGCCCGCUGGGGCAGAGGCCAUUCCAGAACCCGUGGUGAGGAUCCUCCCACCGCUGGAAGGCCCCCCUACCCAGGUAUCCCCGAGCAACUCUGAACUUGGUGAGGGCUCCCAGCCUGAUUGGCCAGGGGGCAGCCGCUAUGACCUGGACGAGACUGACGCCUACUGGCUGGAGCUCAUCAACUCCGAGCUCAAGGAGAUGGAGAGGCCGAGCCUAGACGAGCUGACCUUAGAGCGUGUGCUGGAGGAGCUAGAGACACUAUGCCAUCAGAACAUGGCGCGGGCCAUCGAGACGCAGGAGGGACUGGGCAUCGAGUAUGAUGAGGACGUGGUCUGUGACGUGUGCCGUUCUCCCGAGGGCGAGGACGGCAAUGAGAUGGUCUUCUGUGACAAGUGCAACGUCUGUGUGCACCAGGCAUGCUAUGGGAUUCUCAAAGUGCCCACAGGCAGCUGGUUGUGCCGGACGUGUGCCCUGGGUGUCCAGCCAAACUGCCUGCUCUGCCCCAAGCGAGGAGGGGCCCUGAAGCCCACCAGAAGUGGGACCAAGUGGGUGCAUGUCAGCUGUGCCCUGUGGAUUCCUGAGGUCAGCAUCGGCUGCCCCGAGAAGAUGGAGCCCAUCACCAAGAUCUCACACAUCCCAGCCAGCCGCUGGGCUCUGUCCUGCAGCCUCUGUAAGGAGUGCACAGGCACCUGCAUCCAGUGUUCCAUGCCUUCCUGCAUCACUGCAUUUCACGUCACAUGCGCCUUUGACCAUAGCCUGGAAAUGCGGACUAUAUUAGCUGACAACGAUGAGGUCAAGUUCAAGUCCUUCUGCCAGGAGCACAGUGACGGGGUUCCGAGGAGUGAUCCCACCUCGGAAGCUGCAGAACCUAGCCCGGCCAGUGAGGACCUGGAAAAGGUGACCCUACGCAAACAGCGGUUGCAGCAGCUGGAAGAAGACUUCUACGAGCUGGUAGAGCCAGCUGAGGUGGCUGAGCGGCUGGAUCUGGCCGAGGCACUGGUGGAUUUCAUCUACCAGUACUGGAAGCUGAAGAGGAAAGCCAAUGCCAACCAGCCGCUGUUGACCGCCAAGACGGAUGAGGUGGACAACCUGGCCCAGCAGGAGCAGGACGUACUGUAUCGCCGCCUCAAGCUCUUCACACACCUGCGGCAGGACUUGGAGAGGGUUAGAAAUCUGUGCUACAUGGUGACAAGGCGCGAAAGAACGAAACACGCCAUCUGCAAACUCCAGGAGCAGAUAUUCCACCUACAGAUGAAACUUAUUGAACAGGAUCUGUGUCGAGAGCGAUCUGGGAGGAGAGCAAAGGGCAAGAAGAACGACUCAAAAAGCAAGAACCGCGAGGGCCCAAAGGGCAGCCCUGAGAAGAAAGAAAAAGUGAAGACCGGCCACGAGUCUGUCCUGGGGCAGCUGGGCCUGUCCACUCCAUUUCCCAUCGAUGGCACCUUCUUCAAUAGCUGGCUGGCACAGUCGGUACAGAUCACAGCAGAGAACAUGACCAUGAGUGAGUGGUCGCUGAACAAUGGGCAUCACGAGGACCCCGCUCCAGGGCUGCUAUCAGAGGAGCUCCUGCAGGAUGAGGAGACACUGCUCAGCUUCAUGCGGGACCCCUCACUGCGACCCGGAGACCCAGCCAGGAAGGCCCGUGGUCGCAACCGCUUGCCUACCAAGAAAAAGCCGCCACUGCCACAGGAUGGACCAGGUCCACGGACAACCCCAGACAAACCCUCCAAGAAACCCUGGGGCCAGGACGCAGGCAGCGGCAAGGGGGGACAAGGGCCACCUGCUAGAAAACCACCACGGCGGACACCUUCCCACCUGCCAUCCAGCCCUACAGCCGGGGACUGUCCCAUCCCAGCAGUUCCUGUAAGCUCCCCUCCACUGGCCCCCGAGACCCCAGACGAAGCAGCCCCUAUGGCUGCCGACUCAAAUGUUCAAGUGCCUGGCCCCACGGCGAGCCCCAAGCCCUUGGGCCGGCUCCGGCUGCCCCGUGAGAGCAAGGGAAGCCGGAGGUCGCCAGGUACCAGGCCAGAUGCCGGGACAGGACCGCCUUCUGCUGUGGCUGAGAGGCCAAAGGUCAGGCUACAUUUUGACACUGAGACUGAUGGCUACUUCUCAGAUGGGGAGAUGAGCGAUUCAGACAUAGAGGCGGAGGACAGUGGGGUGCAGCGGGGCCCCCGGGAGGCAGGGGCUGAGGAGGUGGUUCGCUUGGGCGUACUAGCCUCCUAA